UCAUCUCCCUGCCCGGAUUUGACAGCACAAUUGUGACAAGCGUAAAAUGCUUGAUUUUGACAGUAACACAAACUCGUGGGAAAGCAUUUGCAGGUGCAUAAACACGAGUCUUGCUUGUAGAAGUUAGUGAAUAUUUAGACAAAUAAAACUUUUCGUAACAAAACCACCGCUAAUUCGUCCACAUCAUGGGAGUACCAGCAUUUUUCCGCUGGUUGACGCGGAAAUAUCCGUCCGUGAUAAUUGAAGCUGUCGAGCAGAAGACCGUGGACGAUCAGGGGCAUGUUACCUACGGAAAUUUUUCGGAUCCGAACCCAAACAACGUGGAGUUUGAUAAUUUGUACUUGGACAUGAACGGUAUUAUUCAUCCGUGUACACACCCGGAAGAUAAACCGGCACCGAAGAAUGAGGAUGAAAUGAUGGUCGCUAUCUUCGAGUGCAUCGAUCGACUGAUGAACAUUGUCCGACCGCGCAAGUUGCUGUACAUGGCUAUCGAUGGUGUUGCGCCACGUGCAAAAAUGAACCAGCAGCGGUCACGUCGCUUUCGCGCAUCUAAGGAAUCGGCCGAAAAGGCGGCCGAGGUAGCCCGCAUCCGGGAGGAGUUGGCUGCCAAGGGUGCAAUUUUGCCACCGGAGAAAGAAAAGGGAAGUAACUUCGAUUCGAACUGCAUUACGCCCGGUACACCAUUCAUGGAUCGUUUGAGCAAAUGUCUGCAGUACUACGUACACGACCGAAUGAACAAUCAUCCGGGAUGGAAGAAUUUGAAGGUUAUCCUGUCGGAUGCCAAUGUUCCCGGCGAAGGGGAACACAAGCUAAUGGACUUCAUUCGGAAGCAGCGCGUUCAACCGGACUAUGAUCCGAGCACACAUCAUGUGCUGUGUGGUGCCGAUGCGGAUCUGAUUAUGCUGGGGCUAGCAACGCACGAAACGCAUUUCACCAUUAUUCGUGAAGAAUUUCUCCCGAACAGAGAGCGGCCGUGCGAUAUCUGUCAGCAGAUGGGUCACGAAAUGAAGUGCUGUACCGGGUUACAAUCGGAACGAGAUCUGUCCAACGCUACCCCACCGACACCGGGCAAGGAGACGCAGUACAUCUUUGUGCGACUGAACGUACUGAAGGAGUACCUGCGGAAGGAACUGGAUAUGCCAAACUUACCGUUCGCAUACGAUUUCGAGCGCGUGGUGGACGAUUGGGUGUUUAUGUGUUUUUUCGUCGGUAAUGAUUUCCUGCCGCAUCUUCCGAGCUUGGAGAUCCGGGAGAAUGCAAUCGACCGGCUGGUGACGCUGUACAAGAAGUGUGUGUACAAAACGCGCGGUUACCUAACCGACUCUGGAAGCGUGUUACUCGACCGUGUAGAAAUGAUUAUGAGCGAUCUGGGCUAUGCGGAGGACGAAAUCUUUAAGCAGCGUAAAGAUAGCGAGGAUCGUUUCAAAGAGCGCAACAAGCGCAUGCGAUUACAGAAGGAACGCUGGCAGCGUCCCAAAUUAGAACAGCUAAACAACUCGCAGUUCGCACCGACGCCGCUCGGACGCGGUAUGCAGCCCCAGGCGAUUGUGAAUCCUCGCCAGGAAGCGGCCAAUUUUCGAAUGCGCGGACAGCAGGGUGCAGGAAAUGCGGAAGUUAAUACGGCUGGUAACAGUAGUACAGAACAGCAAGGUCCACGUGGUAUCAAGCACAAAGCGCAAGAAUCACUCGCAGUGGCGUUAGCCGACGAAGAGGAAAAGGAUACGCCCGACGAGGUACGGCUCUGGGAGGAUGGAUUCAAAGAUCGUUAUUACGAAUCGAAGUUUGACGUUACGUCGCAAAACAGCAGCUUUCGGCAAACGGUCGCGUGGGAGUACGUGCGUGGCCUUUGCUGGGUUUUGCGCUAUUACUACCAGGGCUGUGCCUCGUGGGAAUGGUACUUCCCGUAUCAUUAUGCACCGUUUGCGUCGGAUUUGAAGCACCUGGAGAACGUAAAUACUCACUUCGAUCCUGGCACACCGUUCAAACCACUGCAGCAGCUAAUGGGCGUUUUCCCGGCCGCCAGUCGCAGUCACGUACCGGAUGCGUUCGCCGAACUGAUGGUCGAUCCCUGCAGUCCCAUCAUUGACUUUUAUCCGAUCGAUUUCCGCAUCGAUCUGAAUGGUAAAAAGUUUGCCUGGCAAGGGGUAGCCCUGCUGCCGUUCGUCGACGAAAAACGGCUGUUCAAGGCAACGGAUCCGAAGGUACCGUUGCUGACGGAAGAGGAACAGUUGCGAAACCAGAACGGGGAUGCGAAGUUGUUCCUUCUGCCCGGUUCCGCCGGGUACAAAACGUUGGCCGGACUGUAUGGGGAUGGUGAGGAUGUAGAUUACGAGCGCGAAAUUUCCGCUACGAUAGAUUUUAUUCAGGGAUUCGUUAUUCCGACGAAGGAAAAUGUACCCAAGGAGGGUAUGCUUUCGUCGCCCAUAGCUGGACUGCCGGCAGUGACCGAAAAUCAGGUGAUAUCGGUGCGCUUCCAGGAUCCCAAGUUUGCGGACGAUUACGUGUUCCCGGCCUGUAAGCUCGCUAAUGCACAGGAACAACCGAAGGUGUUGAAUGCGAAUGCGAUUGGGUUUGGUCAGCGUACAGACCGUGCGCACCUUGGCGCGGCUGGUCAUCGGAUGGUGAAUAAUCGUUUGGGACUAGGGUACGGUGGUGGCCAGGGCGGUGGAUACAACAACAACUUCCAGGGAUCGGGAGGCUAUGGUAACAACAAUUAUCGUAACGGUGGUCGUGGAGGAGCUACGGACAACAACUAUUCCGGCUACAACAGUUCAUAUAACAGAGGUAACCAGCAGUAUAACCGUCAGGGAAAUGAUAGGCCGGCGGACAACGAAACAACAUCCGCAUCGGGCAACAACGACAAUCGGAGCGUGUUCGAGCAGCUCAGCAGCCAGAUACAAGAGUACCAGCAGCAGAUGAUAAACGAAAUUUCGCGCAAUACCUCAUCGCCACCUACGGCCUCGAACGUGCUGCCAAACCCGUUCGCUAACCAGAUACCGUACGAUUACAACAAUUCUGACAACAAUAGAAGCUGGACAACCAACAACGUUGGACGUAAUAACAACAACCGUGGUUUUGGUGGUGGUGGUGGUGGUGGAAGAUCCUUCGGAUAUGGUGGCGGCAGAGGGAACUAUCGGAAUAACAACCAAAACAACAAUCGCUACGGACAGAACAAUUAUGGUUCGUCGGGUGGGGGCGGAAAUAAUCGGUUUAACAAUCAGCGCAGACCGUACUAAUCAACGGAAACGUUCCGAAGCUGACUACCGAGGUUAUAGUAUGUUUUUAAGGUUUUGUUUUUAAGUUCAAUUGCUGCAUCAUUCGGGGAUCGAGCAUAUUUCUCUAAUGCGUUAAAUCUGCUUGAAAAAAAGACGGUGAGAUGGGUUAGUAGUAAAUAGAUGGUAAGCGCAGAAAUGUCAUAAGAAAGAACAUUCAGAUCACAACAAUUUACUAUUGUUCCGAAUGAAUGGUACAAAUUGGUGUAUUUUAUAAGGAGGAAUCUUAUUAAAGCAACGGUACUGGUUCAUUCUGCGAUUAGGAAAACAAAACCCGAUUCUUGAUGCAAAUUAUUUGUUUGUUUCUUCUAAUGAAGAAUCAUUACAUUAGGCCCCGAAUGUAGAUGAAACUUGCAAAAUUUGAUAAAUAUCAUGGUAGUGUUAUUAGAUAUGAAUAUGAUAUCAUCGUCAGCGUACAAAAUGCAUUUGUAUAAUUGAUCGUCACUGUAAUUAGGUUGACACUGUUGGGUUUCCUGCAGUACAUCUGCUUUGUGAGAAAGUGUUCUUCCGCACCUUGCUAACUAUUAAACUUACGUAAGUGUAAUACCAUUUGUUGAGAUACGUUCUGAACACAUUACUACAUGGAACUCAUAUUUAGAAUCAAAACCGUAUUUUGCGAAUAUUAAACGGUUGACGCACCUUUUAUCAAGUGA